UGGGCGGAGGAAAAGCCAGAGGGAAGGGGGAGGGCGUUAAAAAAAUCCAAACAAAGCCAGGAGGGUGAAUAAAAAACGGCGAAGCGCGGAAUAAGCCGCGCGCGGAGAGACCCGGAGGACGGCGCGGUGGCGAGUCGGAGCCGGCGAGCACGAUGAGUCCUUCGCUUGCGGGCCCUGAGGCGAAGGGCGGAGAGCGGCUCUGUGGCGACGGCGGCAGCCCCGGCAGCGCUGGGCGCUCUCUAUGACACCCCCCCUCGCCAGGCUUCUUCGGGGAGGGUCGCGGUCGCCGCCCGUGAGCAGAUCACGACGACGCCCCCCCUCCGGUUCUCGUGUGAGGGAAGGGCUGCAACCCCCCCCGCCCCCGCACCACUGUUGUGACUGUUUCUUCUGUGGCGUCUGUGUGGAAAGUGCCACACACACUCCAGAACAACAACGGCUUUUGCUUGUAUCUUCCAGUGUUUCUUUUGUCAGCGAGUUCAGCAAAGUUGUAAUUCAAGUGCCAGCCCGGAUCAGAGUGAGGAACCCGUAACAGAGAUGGUAAAAAUGACAAAAUCCAAAACGUUCCAGGCUUAUCUGCCAAACUGUCAUCGAACUUACAGCUGUAUCCACUGCAGAGCCCAUCUAGCCAAUCAUGAUGAACUGAUUUCCAAGUCCUUUCAGGGAAGCCAGGGGCGAGCCUACCUCUUUAAUUCAGUGGUGAAUGUGGGCUGCGGUCCCGCAGAAGAGAGAGUUCUUCUGACAGGCUUGCAUGCAGUAGCAGAUAUUUAUUGUGAAAACUGCAAAACCACUCUUGGGUGGAAAUACGAGCACGCGUUUGAGAGCAGUCAGAAGUACAAAGAAGGAAAAUUCAUCAUUGAACUUGCCCACAUGAUCAAAGACAAUGGCUGGGAGUAAAAUUGGAAUAUGCUCAUUCUUUCUGGACAAUAUGGGGAACGUGCUUUCUAGAGACUAAUGCAGACAAACAAGACAAAAAAAAAAGGAUUUUGGUUGAGGUGGCUGAGAAAAUCACUGAAUUUUUGAAACCUCCAAAAUAAGUAGUGUAAUUUGUGUCCCUCCACACCUUCCAGGCCAUGUUUUUGCCUUCUCCUCUUUGUGUAAGUUUCCCUCUUUUGUAUAUGUAUUCCUGUGUGAACAGUUUUGGACGAACUUUUUUCUAAGCUCCUAACUGCUAGCAGAAUAGUCCCUCAAUGGCACAUUGGUUUUACUGGCUGGCAUCUACCUUUCGACCUCUGAACACUCCUUUCCACUGUGCAUGCUCUCUCUGCCUCCUCCUGUCCCCCGUGGGGAUGGGAGCUGGUUCUCUCUCCUUCAUACGUAGCAAUUUCCGAGGUCUUUUUGCAGUGCAAAGGAUACAUCGUUGUAGUGGCCAUUACUGCUUUGGAUAAUUGUGCCCCACCUGCAACUUGCAGACAUAUUUGGCCAGGCUGGUAAAGGCUCAGUCAGUUGUACUGACUGAUAUUAGGGAAGGUUUUCUUUUUAAAAAAAUGGUUUGUUUUUAAACAGACAGGGAAAGGUCGGACAAUAACUUGCAAGAAUAACUAAUACUGUAGAAUAUAUGAAAACCUGAAUCAAUACAUUCCUAAGAAAGUAAAGCUUUGGUCUGUUCAGGAAGAGUUUCUUGCAAAGUCUUUGAAAUCAAAGGGCACAAAUAUAUGCAGCUGUUGUUUUUAAGACGUCAGUGUAAAAUGUUUUUGGUACCGUCCCUUUCGCUGGGACUUGUACUCCAUUUUGAGGUUGUAUGGCUGGUUCCAUGUCGCUAUCUAGUGUUAAUGCACUGGGCAAAGAGGUUGAUAUUAGUGAAGCACGCUGCUGCUGCAGCGGCAGCGGCGGCACUUAGACACAAAACGUGUUUUUGCGCAGAGAAAUGGCCAGAGGCUGCAGUUGUACAGCUGUUGCCCGCGGAAGGUGGGAAGUUGGCAAGCAGAUGAGAAAGUGGCAAGUCAACUUCAUCUCUUCAUAAAAUAGCAAAAAUAGUUUUUUAAAAGGGGAAGGGGGGGUGCUUGAUUUGCUGGCUGAAUCACUCCCAAACUCAUGUUUUGUAAUAAACUGUUAUGUGAAACAAACAUCAUAUUGUAAUUUUUCCCAGCUGCUGCUGUUUUUUUAAAGCGGGGUGACCCAAGCAGACACUUUUGUGACAUGAUUGCGAACGCAACGGUUUGAGGAGGGAACUUGUGCGCACCCAAGGGAUUCGUUUUUUUUAAAUGUCAGGGGGUUUUGCAUUCAUCUGUGUUCUGAAAUUUGCAAGAAGAGAAACUUACGGGAGAACCUUUUACACUAACACUACAUAACCGCCGCUAAUAGCAUGAAUCACAAGAAAGCCUUGUCUUGAAAACUCUGUUCCUUCCUAAUUUGUGGCACUUUUCAGUGUUCUCUCCUUGCUGGCUGCUUCUAACAUCCUCUGAUGGGGCUUUCAAACUUCCAUUGCACUUUACCUAUACCUUUCAUGUAGGAGUCAUCUUUCUCUAAAGAUAAGUCUUUUUUUCCCCCUUGUGGCUUAGGAAUUCUUUCCCAAUUUAAAAUAUCUGGGAAGUAAUAUGGUUACACUGUGAUGCAAAAAAAAAAAAGGAUAUUGAAGAUUAUCUAUAUAGUUACCUCUUAGGCAUUCAGAUCCAAAGAGCUGUAUCAGUGACAGCUAGGUUCAGAUUUUGUGUUACCGAACAACUUUUAUUCUGGUGCUUUAUUUAAAUGCGAAUGAGUUUGGAUCCGUGAAUCUUCAGUACAGUACUUGGUCGCAAGUGCAAGAUUAACCUUGAUUUGCUUCCAGACAGAUGCUUUUUUCAAUGACUGUAGACAAGAAGUUCUUUGAAGAGGAAGUACUUCCUAGCGUUGAGGCUUGACUCUAUGGUAACUGGUUUAGUCUUACCGUUCCUCGUGCCAUUGCUGUUGAUCUUUCUGGUUGGUUUGGCCUGUCGAAGCGAAAUCCAGCAUGGGAGUUUCUAGAGCGAGCACUUUGUGUUAAAUACCACGCUCAAAUCGAUUGGCGGCUUCGCAUGAGCACCUCUCUUGUGGUGAGUCGCGCUGGCAUAAGCGUAAUCCAACAACUGGAAAGUGCAGUAUUAUCCCUUUUUUCGCUUUGUUAGACUUUGAUUUGGAGGCUUAGUUUUCUCCUUCUCCUUUUCUUCCCUUCAUUGCUUACGGCUGAAAGAAUAAAUAACUUGAAUUAUCUUCCCUCUGGUACAACAUCAUUGCCAACCACUGAAAUACCAAUGUUGUAAGCAGUAAACCAUUUUGUGUUGGUUCCCGAAUCUAGCUGUAAAAAGCACCAUCUUUGGAAGCUUUCCUAGGUGCAUAUAUGUUUUUCAGCCGCUUGGCUAUGACUGGUGCAAAUUUAGAGUGGAGGAGUGUGAGAUGGAACAACGCAAGGGGCAAAUCUUUGGCGAGUCAGUCAGCCUCUUUUUCAUCAGUGCAUUAUUUGUAUUCCAAGUAUACGUCAGCCAAGGGGAUGUACCACUUUAUGUGCAAAUGCGUGCAACUGAAGCUGACAGCUUUUUAAAAGAUGGAACAAGCACUUGGGGGAAGGUGUGGUUGACAGCGAGAGGGAGGCGUAUUUAUCCUUUUGUUGCAUCCAGUUUUUCCCCUUGCAAUGGCAAGCAUGCAUGUGAAACUCGGGGAGAGGGGGAAUACUAGACCUGGAAUGAAGACAGCAUUGAGCCCCAUCAUUUUGCUACUGUUUUUCCACUCUCGACUCUCCAUCCAAGGGCUUCAGCUGCAUUCAUUUGCAAGGAUCCUGGGGCUCUUCUCCAAAACAUUGAGAUGAUCUGGAUGCCAAAAGCUGAGGUUUAGACAGGCUGGCACUCAGAAUAUCAGACCACAGAUGAAUAUAACACUGGUGCAAACAAGCGGGUUAAGAGUACCUAAUAGAGUAAUAUUUUAUGAUUCUGAAAAAGGGAUGGGAGAUUUAUGGAGAAUCUAAAACUGAUACUGCAGGUAUCAAGUAGCAUCUCGGGUGGGUGGGAUUGACAGGUAACUAUUUCACAUUGGAGGAGACUCUAAAAUUAGCUGCUGUGAUUUGGCAGUUUUGGUGAAAGUUGAUUCCAGAUACUGAUUGAUGUUGGUUGAAUAUAUAUAAAGAUCAGUCUGGUUACUGACAUUUCCAGCAUUACAUACAAACAUAAUACUUGAAGAGCAUUUUACAAAGCAUUUUUUUCCCUGUAACCAUUUUUUUUGUAAUGUAUUGUAUUUAAGGUUUUUGUGUGUUCUUUCUGGGCAAGUGUACACUUCCCCUCUGACUUGAGCACUUUUUGUUUCCUGUUAUAUUUUAUUACUGUUGGUCUUAACAUUUAUUUUAUAUUUUUUUAAAUAAAUCAUAACAAUUGGGGGGGGGGGCAUGAAGUUUGAGUGUGUUACCUAUUAGGGUUUUGCGUUUUGUUCUGGAUUAUAUGAACGGACUACAAGCUGGUUCUUGGAAAGAAUGUUCAUUUGCACAGAUGAGAAUGUGCUAGCAAAAAUGUACACGUAUUGAAGUAUUUUUCCCCCCCUUUGAACUCAAAACCCAACACGAUCACCAAACAGUGAGGACCAGUUUGGUUGCUUUAAAACCUCAGACUCCGCGGAUGGAGCUGCGUGGGGGAAGGGGCAUCAUAGCCUGAGCAGCCAGCCUGACAGACACAGAGACUUGCCCCAAGGAUGAAGGCAGAAGCCACGACCACUGAGGCUGGUUGCACUAGAUUGGAUGUUUCUUCCUCCCGCGACCCCAUCUUUGGGGCAUGCUGUGCAUGGAGGAUUUUGAUACAUCUCAAAUGACCUUGUGGAUGACCUGUCUCUUGUUUCCUAGUUCCUGUGGCUUGAACGUUACUGUACUGAAAACUGGCUCAAAUGUGGCCACGUAGUCCUCUGUCUUAAUAACCUUUGCUGCUUUUUAACCAUUGGGAAGAAAACACCACCCUUCCAACCUCUUUUAAAUGGCAGUGCUCACUCCAUGUUCCAACUGAGGGCUUGCUUUUCCGCCUGAUUGUUUUGUACAUGUCGGUUUGAUUUGGUGUACUAACUGCCAUAAAUCUCCUAUUUUAACAAUCCGCAGCAUUUCUCUGGCCUCGGCCUGCGAUAAAAGGCGGGGCUAAAGAGAGCAGCUUUUUUUCUUUCAUCUGUCACUUUAUAGGCAUCAUGGUUUGAAGAAAGAUCUGUCCUGAAGUUUGUCCUAUUGCACAUCUUAAAACGUGGCAAGUGAAAAUUUUCCCAUCUUUUAAUUGGUUCAACUUGCUUUGGCGUCUUAUCUCUGAGGGCCAUGUGGCAGUAGUUGGAAGUUUACAAAGUUGAGAUUAAAUCAAAGUAAUAGUAGUUACCUUUUCGGAGAAAAAAAGAGGCCCCCCUGCGUUAGAAUUAGCAGGAAUGCCUCAUUUGAUUUUGAAUGUGUUUGCCAAGACAUUACAAAACAUUGAUAUCUUAUUGUCUGCCACGAUAACUUCUGUUUAUUAUUGUCAUACCCAGGUAGCUGCAUGCUUUAAAAACAUUUAGGUUAUACGAGGGGAGUGAGUAUGGAAGCAGGCAUCCAAACAAAUGAUUUAGUAGCAUCAUGUACUGUACUAUUUGUAUAAACCAACUAGUAAGAUAACUUAUUUGUUGUAAAGAGCAGGAAUUUCAGAAACCUCAUAAGGUCAAACACAUGAGUCACAGGUGACUGUUGAUGUGCCUCAUUGCUAGAACACUUUUGAAAAUGCUUUCUUUUGCAGCUGACGUGGCUUCCUGGUUUUCGUCUUAGCAAUACUGUACACAAUUCGUUGUUUCAUUUUGUUGUAUCUAUUUGAGGUAUCACAAUAAAAGCUUUCAGUUUUAUUGAA